UAUACACACUAUAUUGCCCAAAGUAUUGGGCCAGCCCUCCAAAUCAUUGGAUUCAGGUGUUCCAAUCACCUCCAUGGCCACAGCCAUGGAUAAAAUAAAUACUGCUUCUACAAACAUUUGUGAAAGAAUGGGUCACCUUCAGGAGCUCAGUGACUCCAAGCGUGGUGCCGUGAUAGGUUGCCACCUGUGCAAUAAGUCCAUCCGUGAAAUUUCCUUGCUACUAAAUAUUCCACGGUCAACUGUUAGUGGUAUUAUAACAAAGUGGAAGCAACUGGGAACAACAGCAACUCAGCUACAAAGUGAUAGGCCACGUAAGAUGACAGAGCGGGGUCAGCGCAUGCUGAAGCAAACAGUGCACAGAAGUCGCCAACUGUCUGCAGAGUCAAUAGCUAAAGACCUCCAAACUUCAUGUGGCCUUCAGAUUAACACAACAACAGUGCGUAGAGAGCUUCAUGGAAUGGGUUUCCAUGGCCGAGCAGCUGCAUCCAAGCCUUACUUCACCAAGUGCAAUGCAAAGAGUCGGAUGCAGUGGUGUAAAGCAUGCUGCCACUGGACUCUA